GCUAUAGAUACAGAUAUAGAUAUAUAAAACUGAGGUUCAUCCAAGUUCCACCUUUGAUGGUUAAUCUCCUUCUCAUCAACCUCAGAUCUAGGCUUUGGACACCAAAACCCUUUUCAAACCCUUCUUCUCUCUCUUCUCUUCACACUCGCUCUCUCUUACCCCACAAACACAAACCCACCAACUGGAACACAAACCAUAGCUUCGUCCUCUCAAACCCCUUACUCUCCCUCUUGGAAAAAUGCACUUCCAUGGCCCGUUUGAAGCAAAUCCAAUCCCAAAUGACCGUAACCGGCUUGAUCUUAGAUGGGUUCGCUUUGAGUCGAUUGGUCGCCUUUUGUGCAAUCUCAGAAUCUGGUAGUCUUGAUUAUUGUAAAACAAUAUUGAACAAUGCCCAAAACACCAAUGUGUUUUCUUGGAAUGUAGCAAUUAGAGGGUAUUCGGAGAGCGUAAACCCAAAAGAAGCUUUUUUGUUGUAUAAGAACAUGUUGACAAGUGGUGCAUCGAGGCCAGACAAUUACACUUACCCUUUGCUGCUUAAAUGUUGUGCUCGUUUGUCAUUAAUUCGGAUGGGUCAUGAACUUCUGGGGCAUGCUUUACAAUUGGGUUUUGAUUCGGAUAUCUUUGUGCAUAAUGCUGUAAUUCAUUUGUUAAUGUCAUUUGGAGAAUUAGAGGUUGCCCAUAAGGUGUUUGUUGAAAGUAGUGUUAGAGAUUUGGUUUCUUGGAAUUCUUUGAUUAAUGGAUAUGUUCGGAGUGGGAAAGCGCAUGAUGCUUUAAGGAUUUAUCGAGAAAUGGAGGCACAGGGGAUUCAACCAGAUGAGGUAACAAUGAUUGGGGUGGUUUCAUCAUGCUCUCAGUUGGAGGAUUUGAACCUUGGAAGGGAAUUUCAUCAAUAUAUUCUAGAAAAUAAAUUGAAUUUUACAGUUCCACUUGCUAAUGCUCUUAUUGAUAUGUAUGUGAAAUGUGGGAAUCUUGGGGCAGCAAAGGUGUUAUUUGACAACAUGGAAAAGAAAACCAUGGUGUCUUGGACCACAAUGAUUGUAGGAUUUGUCAAAUUUGGGCAUUUGGAGGUUGCUCGGAGGCUUUUUGAUGAAAUGCCAGAGAAAGAUGUUGUGCCGUGGAAUGCCAUGAUAGGUGGUUAUGUUCAAGCCAAGCAUUGCAAGGAAGCGUUGGCUUUGUUUCACGAGAUGCAAGCUAGGAACAUAAAGCCUGAUGAGGUGACUAUGGUUAGCUGCUUAUCUGCUUGCUCACAACUUGGAGCACUUGAUGUUGGAAUAUGGAUUCAUCAUUACAUUGAGAAGCACAAACUUUCUCUAAAUGUUGCCGUUGGCACUGCUCUAGUUGAUAUGUAUGCCAAGUGUGGUAACAUCACUAAGGCACUUCAGGUUUUUCAAGAGAUUCCGGGAAGAAAUUCUUUGACUUGGACAGCAAUAAUUGGUGGUUUAGCCCUUCAUGGCAAUGCACAUGAUGCCAUAUCUCACUUUUUGGCGAUGAUUGACAUUGGUUUGAUGCCAGAUGAAGUUACAUUUCUUGGGUUAUUAUCAGCAUGUUGUCAUGGAGGUUUGGUUCAAGAGGGUCGUAAAUUUUUUACCCAAAUGACCACCAGAUUUAACCUCUCCCCCAAGCUUAAACACUACUCUUGCAUGGUGGACCUUUUUGGUAGGGCUGGUCUCUUGGAUGAGGCAGAAGAGAUUAUUGGGAGCAUGCCAAUGGAGGCAGAUGCUGUGGUGUGGGGGUCAUUGUUUUUUGCUUGUCGAAUUCAUGGAAAUGUUGAUAUGGGAGAAAGGGCAGCUAAGAAUCUACUUGAGUUGGAUCCUCAUGAUAGUGGAAUUUACGUUUUGCUUGCAAAUAUGUAUGGGGAAGCUAGAAUGUGGGAGAAGGCUCGGAAAGUGAGGAAGAUGAUGACGGAUAGAGGAGUGGAUAAGACUCCUGGUUGUAGCUCAAUUGAGGUUAAUGGUAGUGUUUUUGAGUUCAUUAUUAGAGAUAAGUCUCACCCUCAGUCAGAGCAGAUUUUUGAAUGCAUAGAUCAGUUAACAAGGCAGCUAGAACUUGUUGAGUGCAUACCUGGUAUUCUUCCUCUGGGAGAUAACUUUCUUUUUGGCUCUGAAUCUUGCAAGCAAAUUUGAAUAAUCUGUAGGAAUCUGGCCAGUUGCAUUUAUUCCAGUCUCCCCAAGGUUUUUGAGCUCAUUGUGGGUGAUUCCAAACCACUAAAAUCCCAUGACAUGGACAUGCCAACUACAAGCGAUCUGUCAUUGUUUUCCUAUAACUGCUGACCUAUGUCUGUUCAGCUCUGUCAGACAAAUGGCUUUGCCAGCUUUGCUCCAAAGAGGAAGAACCAUUCCUGCAGUGUUUAAACUGGUUGGCUGCUCAAGGUAUGUGAAACAUUCGUAUAGUACCACAAAUAAAUAUUUAAGGCAUGUCAGUUCUCUGUUUUGUUGGCACUGACUUGGAUACUUUUGGGUAAUUAUGGAAUUGGGUUUUAUGGCCUAACAUCAAAGAUGAAGGGAUCAUACUAUGGAGAUGGAACGGAGUUGUCAAUAUGUCAUGCCAUCCUGCGUCUGGUCUCGGUUUGCUAUUUUUUGUAUUUUAAUGACUUACGUCCCAAAAUUUUCUGUGCAUUGCAAAUUAUUGCAUGCUUAUUGUUAUUGGUGCCUGAACUUGUCCCCAGGCCUUAAAUUUUGCACUCUAAGCCAAUUUCCAAUUUCAAGAAACAUCGGCUGUCCCUGGAAAUGGUAUCCUUUAACCUGGUUUCUAAGGAAUGCUUUUCUGAUGCAAAGGUAUUAUUCUUUAUUUCAGAUUCUGCAUGUCACGUGUUUGUCCCACAUUUUUUGAUGUUCUCCAAUUUGAAAUAGAUGGUUCUAUUAAGCAGUGAUCGUAAUGAGAUUUAUGUGUGUGUGGCUAUAGUGAUGUUUAAGCUUUUAAGGAGACUUGAACCGAAGCACUUAACGUCAUACCAGCAUGCUUGAUUGACACAACUAAGCUAGCUUGCAUAUAUCCUGAAUUGUAAAGUUGCUUUGUUGGAUACUUCUUAUAUGAGUAUAAGAUCUGAGAAUGAAAUUUUUGUUAGUUCUCAUUACCUGGGUGUUUUUUUCUAUCAAAUAGAUUUCAACAUUAAACUUGAAACAUGUUGAUGAACACGUAAUAGUUUCGUAAUUAA